CCCCCGAAGGGAGCGGGAAGAGCCUAGCUUUACCUCCUCUGGCCUCACCGUUCACCUUCUUUCACUUCAAAACAUGAUAUUGCUGCCCUCUGCUGUUCUUUUUGUAAAGUAGUUUUCUCUCCAAAGUAAAUGCUUUUAUGAAACAUUCAUCACUAAAUUACUUUUUCAUCAUUCGGCAAGGAGAGGCCACAUUCAUGUCAAGCAAGCUUGUAGAGGGCGCCAUUGUAGAGGGUUUGUAGGAGUCCCCCACUAUGCGGAACCUUUUAGAAGUUUGUUUCCACUCGUUUUACUACGAAGUGACGCUUCCGUACACUUCCGGGCCGGAGGUUACCACCAUCAGCCGUGGUCACAACACACGUGAGAACUGAAGAAAACUGGCUUUGAUUGGGAUUCGACUACAGCAGGGCUAUUUUCAGUGGACAGGAUGGAUGAGAAAGUAAAGGAACAGAAGCGACAUCAGCAAAAGCACAGCGGACCAAAGGCAGAGAAGAAGAAGCUCAAGAAGCAGGGGGGCUCCACAGAAGAGGAUGAACGGAAACGCAACCCCAAAGCGUUCGCGGUACAGUCCGCUGUACGCAUGGCCAAGACCUUCCACAGGGCCCAGGACAUAAAAACCAAAAAACAUCACAUCCCCCUUGUAGACCGGACUCCCCUGGAACCCCCUCCAGUUGUGAUUGUAGUAGUUGGACCCCCCAAGGUGGGAAAAAGCACCCUAAUCCGUUGCCUGAUCAAAAACUUCACCCGACAGAAGCUCGGGGACAUAUGUGGACCUGUAACCAUCGUCUCUGGCAAGAAGCGCCGCCUCACUUUCAUGGAGUGUAACAAUGACAUUAAUACAAUGAUCGACCUCGCAAAAGUAGCUGACCUGGUUUUGAUGUUGAUUGAUGCCAGCUUUGGCUUUGAGAUGGAGACUUUUGAGUUUCUCAACAUCUGUCAGGUACACGGCUUCCCUCGUAUCAUGGGUGUGCUUACUCACCUGGAUUCAUUCAAGAACAACAAGACACUAAGGAAGACCAAGAAAAACCUCAAACAUCGCUUCUGGACUGAGGUCUACCAGGGGGCCAAGCUGUUCUAUCUUUCUGGUAUGGUGUACGGUGAAUAUCAGACUCAGGAAGUGAAGAACCUUGGCCGCUUCAUCUCUGUCAUGAAGUUUCGUCCUCUGGUGUGGCAGACCUCCCACCCUUAUGUGCUGGUUGACCGUAUGGAGGACUUGACUGACCCCGAGAGGGUGAGGAUAGACCCCAAGUAUGACCGGACAGUUUCGCUCUACGGCUACCUGCGAGGGACAUAUUUGAAAAACAAAGGCCAGGUCCAUAUUCCAGGUGUAGGAGACUUUCAGGUGGCAGAUGUGAACUUCCUGCUAGACCCGUGUCCACUGCCAGACGCUCAAAAGAAGAGAGCGCUGAAUGAGAAGGAGCGUCUGCUCUAUGCACCCAUGGCAGGGGUCGGGGGGGUCGUAUAUGACAAGGAUGCUGUGUAUAUUGACCUUCCUGCUAACCAUGUCAAUCAACAGCAGGAAGAGGUGCGGCCCACCACAGAGCUGGUCCAGUCUCUCAUCGACACACAUUCGACCCUGGAUGCCAAGAUGGCUGCCAGUAAGGUGUCUCUUUUCAGUGGUUCUGCCAACCUGGACCCCACAGACAUUGACGAGCAGAGCGGAGGGAAGGAGGGUCCUCAGGAGAAGCUCGUCUGGGAUCCAAACACCCACAGAAAGAGGAGGAUGGUGGUCUUCACUGACGAGGACGAUGAUGCCAGCAGUUCCAGUUAUGAUGAGGAUGGUGACAGAGAAGACAGUGACCAGGAGGAGAAGGAACAGGACGAAGAUGAAGACGAGGAUAACCUUUCCACAUUUCUCAAAGAGGCAAGAGCCGAAUCUGACAAGACAGAUAAGAAUCUAACAGACAUCACUCCACCAGUGAAGAAGCUGAAACUAGAGGAGAGGAGGGAAGAGAUCGCUGAGGUGCCGGUGUUUGCUGACAGUGAAGAUGACCUGGAGGUGAGUGAGGAGGAGAGUGAAGAAGAGGGGGAGGCUAGGAGAGCAGGAGACUCUGGACACUGUUCUGAAGAGGAUGAAGAAGAGAGUGAUGAAGAAGAGUCAGAAGAUGAAUCAGUGGAAGAGGCUGACACUACAGUGAAAAAAUCAACAGCAAGUGAGGAGGAGGAAGAAGACCAGGGGGCUCUGAGGUGGAAGGAGGGUCUGCAACAGAAAGCAUCAGAGGUGUUUCUACGGCAACAAGAAGCUGCCCCCAAUCUGAGAAAACUGGUGUAUGGUUCAGUUGUAGAGGCAGAUGAUUCUGAGGAUGAGGAGGAGGAGCUGGGGGGGCUGUUUCGAGUCAGCCGCCCUCAGAAGAGCAAACAUUUCCAAGCAAACGCUCUCGACUGCUCCCGCUUCAACCCUGACACUUCCCACAACUGGGACUUGGAGGAGAUGCUGAACUCUAUCAGGGACUGCUUUGUAACAGGGAAGUGGGAGGAGGGCCAAGAUGCUGCCACACUGCUGAAAGAGGAUGAGGAGCUGUAUGGUGACUUUGAGGAUUUGGAAACAGGAGAAGUCCACAAAAGCCAAACUGGGCAGCAGGAUCAGGCUGAGCAAACUAGUGAGAAUGAUGAAGAUAAUGAAGCUGAAGAGAGUCUGGUGAAGGUGGAUGAUGAGGAGAUCCAGAAGAACAAGCGUCUGGAGAAGAAACGCAGGCUGAAGGAGCGAUUCGAUGCAGAGUACGAUGAUGGAGAUGCCACUUACUUUGACGACCUGAAGGAGGAGAUGCAAAAGCAGGCUGAGCUGAACAGGGCAGAGUUUGAGGAUGUGGAUGAUGAGACCAGAGUGCAGUACGAAGGCUUCCGACCAGGAAUGUAUGUUAGAUUAGAAAUCUCCUCUCUACCCUGUGAGUUUGUCACCAACUUCGAUCCCCAUUAUCCCAUCAUCCUCGGAGGUCUGGGCUCUGGUGAGGGCAAUGUAGGAUACCUGCAGAUGCGACUGAAGAAACACCGUUGGUAUAACCGCAUCCUGAAGACACGGGACCCCCUCAUCCUGUCAUUAGGCUGGAGGCGCUUCCAGACCAUCCCCCUCUACCACAUUGAGGAUCACAACGGACGCCACCGCCUGCUCAAAUACACACCGCAGCACAUGCACUGUGGAGCCUCCAUCUGGGGUCCUGUUACUCCACAAGGCACUGGCUUCCUGGCUGUGCAGUCCGUAGCAGGAACUAAAGCUAAUUUCCGUAUUGCAGCCACAGGAGUCAUCCUGGACCUGGAUAAGUCUGUGACUAUAGUGAAGAAGCUCAAACUCAUCGGUUACCCCUACAAGAUCUUCAAGAACACCUGCUUCAUUAAGGGCAUGUUCAACACAGUGCUGGAGGUAGCUAAAUUUGAAGGUGCUUCUCUACGAACAGUAUCAGGGGUCAGAGGUCAGAUCAAGAAGGCCCUGUCUACACCACCAGGAGCUUACAGAGCCACGUUUGAAGACCGUCUGCUUAUGAGUGACAUCGUGUUCCUGCGCUCCUGGUAUCCAGUGUCUGUUCCUCAGCUCUACAACCCCGUCACCUCUCUGCUGCUGGCUGUCGGUCAGAAGGACAGCUGGGCGGGCAUGAGGACCCUGGGGCAGCUCAAAAAUGACCUAGGCAUCCACAACAAACCCAAGAUGGACUCUCUGUACAAGCCGGUGGUCCGAGCCCAAAGGCACUUCAACCCCCUCCACAUCCCCAAGGAGCUCCAGAAGGCCCUGCCCUUCAAGAGCAAACCCAAACAGCAACAACCCAAAGGAAAGGCGCCCAGAGAUCUCCAGAGGCCCAGUGUGAUCAGAGAGCCCCACGAGAGGAAGGUGGCAGCCCUGCUCCACGCUCUGAGCACAGUCCACAGCCACAAGAGUAAGAAAGCCCACAUGGUGCAGCACGCCAGACACAAGACGUUCCUGCAGCAGAAGGAGAAACAGGAGGAGGCCAAGCUGAAGAGACAGAAAGAGGCACGUAAAAAACUGUACCGUGUCAUGGGUCAGAUGGACCAGAAGAAGCAGAGGUCCAGUCUAAAGGGGGCACCCCAGGAUGACUAACUCACUGUAUCUGGACUCAUGAGGCAAACCUCUGAAGACUGUGACUGAGGUUCUUGGUCUGCUAUUUGGACUGUUACCAUGUCUUUCAUAACUUCAGCAGGUUCAUUUUGAUUGUAUUUUUCUAUAGUAUUGAUAUUGAAAAGUUAUCAGAACUUGUUUUAAUAAAACACAAUAGUGACCUAAAACAUGA